AUGAACUCUCUCCUGGCAUUCCUUGUGCUGUUUGCCUGGGGCUUGUCCCCAGCUCCUGGGAGCCUCUGGAAUCUGCACGAGAUGAUCACAAAGGUGACGGGGAGGAACGCCUUGCUGUACUAUUCCUUCUAUGGCUGCUACUGUGGUAUGGGGGGCAGAGGGCAGCCCAAGGACCCCACCGACAAGUGCUGCCAGCUGCAUGAUACCUGCUACAACAACCUCAUCAGGUACAGCUGCAAUGCCAAGAUGAAGAACUAUCACUACAGCUGGUCGGGUGGCAGCCCCUCCUGCCAAAAGGACAACUUGUGUGGGAAGUUCUCCUGUGAGUGUGACCGCAGCCUGGCACUCUGCCUGAAGAGGAACCUGGGGAGCUACAGCAAACGCUACCGCUUCUAUCCCAAGCACCAGUGCCAGUGA